GUUCUCGUUUUCUCUCUGGCAGGAUGAAAGGAACGGGCAAGCGAUGAAACUUCCACCCUUGACAGUCAGCAACCCACAUCAUGAGCUCGCACAUGCCCGCUAAUUCUUUCUGUCUGCUCCUCGUCACGUGCCUGUCAGCGCUGCAAGGAUCACGAUCUCUCCUCUACUCUCCCUCCUCCCCUCUCGCUCUCCGGCCUCCUCAGCUCUCGCUUGACCGUCGACGAGGCCUCACACGCCAUGGUUGUCUUCAUGUCACUUGCUCGGCAGGAAGACCUUCUUGGAUUCCUUGGACGGGGACGAAUGGCAGGAUGGUGGAUACUGAAAGGGAUGACUUCAUGCAGAGGAACCGAUGUCGACUCUGUCGUGGAACUGGAACGAUCUCAUGCAGGCUCUGCUCGGGGAAAGGAUACAAAGCUCUGCGAUCACGAACUUUGAGGAAUGCAACAGAUCCUCUCUUCGAGAACGAGGUUCUUUCCUGCGAUGCGACCACGGGGCUGAUGCGAGCUGUGGAGAUUUCCGUGUGUGCUCGAUGCGAAAAGAAGGGCAAGAUCGCCUGUUCGCUCUGCGGAGGAUCAGGGGGAAGGGAGACAAACGUGACGUUCAGAAAUUUCACCAGGAUGACAGCAGGGGACAGCAAGGGGGAGGACGAGGAUGAGGAUGUCUAUAGAUACACGGGGGGAAGGAGAUGAGUGAUGGGUAGUUAGAGCAGGCGUGAUGGGGGAAGUGAACGUUUGGUUAUGAAGGAUGUAUGAUUCA